UUUCUUUUACGGUAACAAUGCACCCCCAGUAAUGACAUUUCUAUCAAAACAAAAUUCACGACAACUCUAUGGAAGAACAUGGUGAAGCUCCUACCAUCUUCAAAAUUAAUCUCCAAAAUCUAUCUUCCUAAGAAACUCUCAUAUAAAUCACCACGUUUCACAACCCCUUUCUCUCAAUACAAUUGCCAUCUCACUUUCCGAACCACAACCACCACUACCAUCAUCAUGUCCAUAAACCUACACUGCCACGCGUUCGCAGGCAACCCACUAAUAUCCAAAACACCAAACCGAGGCGAUCCGUUUUCUCCCACAACUGCAUUCGAAACCCUGACAUCACGAAUCUCUGAAAUCACCUCUCACCACUCCCUUUCCCCUAAUUUUAAGGUACUCCCCUUCAGAAACGGGAAGCCCCUCGCUUCUUCCUCUGGUAGCGAGUCAUGGCGACUCGGUUGGAUCGGUCUGAGCGAACUCGGUGGGUUAAUGAGUUCUGAACUGAGCAGCCACUCGUUCGUGUAUCUGGGUUCGGAUGCGGAGGAAGAUGCGGUUUACUGGACGAUUGAUGUUUCAGGGGAGAGUGGAUUUGUGCCUGAAAUUGGCGGCGUAAGGUUUAGCUUUGUGGAGCUGAGGACGCUUAUGGUUGCUACUGAUUGGAUUGAUUCUAAAGCCAUGGGAAACUUGGCUAUUGCUGGUCAUGCCAGAGCACUGUUAGAAUGGCAUAAUAUUUCACGUUUUUGUGGACAUUGUGGAGAGAAAACAGUCCCAAUGGAAGCUGGGAGGCGGAAGCAAUGUUCAAAUGAAUCAUGCAAAAAGAGGAUAUAUCCACGAGUUGACCCGGUAGUCAUUAUGCUGGUAAUUGAUCGAGAGAAUGAUCGUGCCCUUUUGAGCAAACAAUCCAAAUUUGUACCUAGAAUGUGGAGCUGCUUAGCAGGUUUUAUAGAGCCAGGAGAAAGCUUGGAGGAAGCUGUGAGAAGAGAAACAUGGGAGGAGACUGGUAUUGAAGUGGGAGAAGUUGUAUAUCACAGUUCUCAGCCAUGGCCUGUUGGACCAAACAGCAUGCCAUGUCAGCUGAUGGUUGGAUUCUUUGCAUACGCUAAAUCACUCGAAAUUAAUGUGGAUAAGGAAGAGUUGGAAGAUGCUCAGUGGCACAGUAGAGAAGAUGUAAGAAAAGCUCUGACAUUUGCCGAGUACAAGAAAGCCCAGAAAACUGCAGCAGCAAAGGUAGAACAAAUGUGUAAGGGUGUAGAAAAAACUCACAGCUUGUCUACAGAUUUCAAUGUGGAAAGUGGUGAACUUGCACCAAUGUUUGUUCCUGGACCCUUUGCAAUAGCCCAUCAUCUUAUUUCCUCUUGGGCAUUCCCAGAUCAUAAUAUAAACGGAAGUGAAUGCCAUUCCAAACAACCUACUGGUUCUGCAAAUUUGUAGGAUUGACUGACUAUUUUGUGGACAGCUUUGGAUAUAAGGCUUAUCUAUUUUAUUAUAUUGUUAUGUAUCUCUUGAAGGCAUACUGUAGCUAUAGAAGUUUUGAAUUUUUCAAUUUGUAAAGAUUAUGUACACCAAGAAUUGGAAACAUUUCCAUUUUAGACUAAAUAAAGUCAUGUUAUAAUAAUAUUAUAUCAUAUAGAGACAAA